GACGACUAUGCAGUGUUCCGUUUGGAAAUAACUCAAAGCCAGAAAGAAAACAGGGCAUUGCGGAGGAAACUACAGCAACUGGAACUGAAGGUGUCACGGGAGCGCGUCCUCGUCAGUCGUCCCAGAAGUGUCAAGAUCCUCGACAGAUACAGAGGAAUGGCAAGAGGUGAAGGACAUCUCACUGGAGGCUACAGAAGCUUUGUGAAGCCAGCGGGACACAAUACAUGGAGAGAUGACCAACCAAUCACUGUUGAUGAGGGGAGUGGAACCUCAAUCCAGCACGUUAUCAUGAUAGAGUCUGAAGAUGCAGAGGCUGCAGAUCCUGGAGGAUUGUCUCUAGUCAAGCAGGAGAGGACUGAAGGAGAGGACCCACGAGACAGCAGAGACAUCCAGACUGGAGCAGCGGCUGGAGUGGAACUCCCUUUAGCCUCGGAGGACCUAUCCACCGCCGCACCCCAGCCCAGGACCAGACGAAGCAUCACUGAGGAGGAGGAGGAGGGUCCAGAGGUGCUGCUGGUGAAGGAGGAGGGGUGUGAGGAGGGUCUGGGGAACCCUGAGGCGACCAUGGUCAUGGAGGACAACCAGACUACACCUCCUCCUGAACCCACAGAGGAACCAGCUGAGCAGCACAGGACCACACACAGUCUCACUGAGUCAGUAGACAUGGAGGAUGGGAAGCCUGAUCUGCUGCUGGUCAAAGAGGAGACAAUAGAAGACGGACCAGAGAGCAUUGACCUGCUGAGUGGAGUAAAGAUGGGGGAGCAAGGUGAUUGGAUGGAGGCUAAAAGAGGAGACUGGGUGGCCAUCUUGGAUUCCCAGACCCAGACAGGUGCAGCCAAGGGCCCAGGGGACAACAUCACUGAGAAGGCCAGGACCAGAGGCGAGGUCAGUGGAUGGGACAGCGUCCUCAACUCUGGGCUGGGGAACAACAUUGUUAACCAGAACCAGAAACAGAUAGUCGAACACAAAACAACAACUGAAUUUAGUCUCCAUGGCAACAGACUGGCUGAGACCAGGGCGAGGUGUAGAUUUGGUCUGCGGGGACGGGGAGGUGUCCGUAUGUGGAGGGAGAGAACAGACUUGGCUCGCGAUGCUCCGUCCUGCUCCUAUAGUUGUGAUUCAGAGAGACUGAUGGCGCCUCAGGUUAACACCCUAACAGGUGCUGCCUUCAGCCUGCCUUCUAUAGGAUCUAUCAACUGGAACAUGGACCCUGCGACAACACAGACACUCCCUGGCCUUCAUCCUCCUCACACUCUCCUAAUGUUAAACCAGACCUCAGACAAUGCCAGUGCCUCAACACUAAAUAGCUACACAAGGCCAUUGACAAAUGACAGUAGUAGUAACGCCAUCAGUAGAUCCGGUUGCAAAGAGAAGCGCUUCCCGUGUUCGUUCUGUGGGAAAGCCUUCAGUUUCCCCAAACAGGUGGAGAUCCACCAGAGGAUACACACGGGGGAGAAACCGUUUGGCUGUAGCCAGUGUCACAUGCGCUUUUCCCAGGCUGGCCACCUGAAGAGGCACCAGAGAGUCCACACAGGGGAGAAACCCUAUAGCUGCCCCCAGUGUGAGAAGAGGUUCUCCCACCAGCAUCAGCUGAAGCUGCACCAGAGGGUCCACACAGGGGAGAAACCCUACAGCUGCCACCAGUGUGAGAAAAGGUUCUCCCACCAGCACCAUCUGAAGAUGCACCAGAUGGUCCACACGAGAGAGAAGCCGUUCGCCUGUACGCACUGCGGGAAGAGGUUCUCAGAGAGGAGCGCUCUCAGGAUACACCAGCAGAAAAUGCACAUGGCUCAUGUAUAGAGUAUAGUGAUAUGUAAUGUAGUACUAGUUAGUUUGUAGUUAAUUCUGUUGAUUUUUGAUGUAGUAGGGAACUGGAUGAGGUGAACUGAGGAAAGAAUGAGUAUGAUGAGGCAGAGUAGAUGAUAUGGUGAUGGUUGGUGUGAUGGUGUCUAAAAAUGCUUCACCUGAUGAAGAGUGACAAACUUUGUCCCUUUAGAUUGAUACUGGUGUUUUAUAAUAAGGAAAUGAUAGUGCCUUAAUUCAUGUUUACAUUAAAUAAAGUAGUGAAGAUGUGUAAUGUAAUGUUGAACCUUUUCCAAAGUACUCAAAAAUGUAUUUUAUCAAAGCGAGUGUACCAGAUUUACAGAAAGGUUAUUCUACACUGAACAAAAAUAAACGCAACAUGAAACUA